CAAAACUCCACCAUCGGUCGCACCCAUCUCCUGGCAGCCGAUCCUGUGCGCAGCCCGUGUCACCAUGAGGGAUGUUAUUCCCCGCUGGAGUCGCUUGGACGUUAAUAUGCAAAGUCCAUAAAACUUUUAGCUUUUUUUUUUUUUCCCUCUCCCCCUCUACGUCGGUCCCUCCAGCCAAGCAGAAAGCGACGGGGGCAAGGAAGGGGUUAAUCCAUUAGCGAAGCAUUAUGCUGGGAAUCUCAUCAGCAGAAGAGGACAGGGAGAGCAGCUGCGAUAAUGUAACUGGGAUCUACAGUGAGGACGCCGCACCAUGUGGACUCCGCUGGUCCAAGAUCGGUAAACUCCUGCUCUACACCUACGACCGGAGCUGUCCCCUAGACGACAUAUUAGUCGCUGACUUGGAGAAUGCAAAGAUGGACAGGUCACCGGAGCACAUUGUUCUCAGUGAGUACAGCAGCGUAGACAGGUCCUCAUCUGCCGAAUCUAAGGACCUGGUGACCAGCAGGACUGACAGCACAUUGUACAGUAGUUCCAGAAGUGAGUCUCUUUGGAAUAACGCCCAGCGAAGUGCCUGGGACACUUACCAAAAGCCCAUAAUCAUCAUGUCUAUUGGGGGAUCAGUGUUCCUAUUAGGAAUUAUAUUGACCACGAUGUACUUCGUGUACACAAUUGAGGCACCGAUCUCGAAAAACAUGGGACCUGUUGCCCUAUCGAUUGGACUAAUGGUCUUGAUCAUUGGAUUGGUUUGGGUUCCAAUCAUAAGAAAGAAGAGGAAACAAAGGUCAGCCUCUCGGCUCUUCAGCCAUCACUCACGUCAGUUCUUCAUUCAUUUCUAAAAAUUUUGGAGACCAGACAUGAUUGGUUUGUUAGACAACCCGUCACUAUCUGCUGUAUAUCCAAAAAAUUGGAAUGGUUUAUAAGAUGUUGGUCUGCGGAGAUGUUCUUCAGUGGUUCAUGUCAGGUCUAGAAAAUUCAGCCUUUACAGGAUCCCAAGGGACAACAAGAUGAUCAAUAAAGUAACAUCACCAGGAAGUGGUGGAAUGUAUUAAAGGUUGCGUUUUUGAAUUGCUUAGGUCUACAGAGGUGUUCCCCAAUGGUUUUCGUCCAGUUCAUUACAAUGAGAUUGAGACCCUGGAUCACAUACAUAUUGACAUUCAAGCUUGUCAGGAUCCUAUGUGGCCACCAUAUGACCUAUACGUGAACAUCAUCUGCUUGGUCUUCAAAGGAAGUGAAAUUUAUAAAAAAAAAAAAAGAUUUCAUGUUUGUGAAAGUUAUUGAAGCUAUUGGUCUACAAGGAUUCUUUAAUGGUUCAGAACCUAAAACAAAGACAAGACAGUGGUCAAUGACAUUGAAGAUUAUUAGUGGCAACGUGAUAUCAUACCCAAGGUGGUGGAAUUAUUCCAAAAAGUCAUUGGUUUACUAAGAUGUUCUUCGUUGGUCAAUGGUUCUAUGGUCUUAAAGGGGUACUCCGGUGGAAAACCAUUUUUUUUUCUAAAAUCAACUGGUGCUAAAAAGUCA